AUGGCAUAUCAGUGUAACGCGCAGAUGACGUGUGUGUGUGGCGGUGGAUGGUGAGCUCCUCUCCGGCCCUUUAAGAAGCAGUUCCUCCGACUGGUUCCAGGGGGCAGAUGAUCUUUGUGUUGCUGUUCUUCUCUGUAGUUUGCAGCGGAGCAGCAGCGCAUUAGGGGCUUUGGCUGUGCUGGAUCGCCAGGGUUGCGGGACGCAACGUCCUGCUCCGACAUGGAAGAGGGAUCAUGGAGGUUUAUCGGGGAAAAUCGCGCGCGUGUUAGGACUCAUCCGUGCUAAUUUGCGGCGGGACGGCUGUGGAGGUAUGGCUUGAUCGUUUUGAGGAUACUUUCGCGCACGUACAGCCCUUCGGCUCGCUUUCAAUCGGCGGUUUUAAAAGGCGGCAGCCGCGUUCUGAAACAAUGUAACAUUCGCGUUAUGAUGUAAUGUUACAAUGUAACGCAUUCGCAGCGCGACGUCAUGCAACAAUGUAACAAAUUCGACCGCCCGCUCCGUUCCGUUCUUUACGCUUUUUGAACCGCGGAAGCUUCGUUAAACGAGUCGAAUGGAGGCAUUUCCCCUCGUUUUGUCGUUUAGUUGCCGCUUGAAACUAUCCGAAAACGAGCGAGGUUCAUAAACGAGUCCUCCUUUGUGCUGGAAGAGGCCAUGAGCGCAUUUGUAAAUAUUCCUAAACGCCUCGCGACAUCCGUUCGAUCCCCUAAGUGUCCCGCGUUGAAAUGUGGACUCUAAAAGUGACCCAUUAAUGGCAUGCACGAGGGCACUGCUGCUGUCGUGUUCAGAAAAGCCGUCCAUACAUCAUUCAUUUGAAGGAGUACGGGAAAUAUGGCAGAGGAGAUAGAUAAGCCCUUGGCUGUGGACCUCGACAUAGACCCCGAUUUCGAGCCCCAAAAAAGGCCCAGGUCCUGCACCUGGCCUCUGCCCAGACCGGAGUCCAAUGCCGGGAAAGCGGAACCAGCAGAGGUGGGAAUCAUUCCUGAGGAAGAGGUGGAUGAAAAUGGCACUGAUGAUGCACCUAGUGGCAUCACGGGCGCAUCGAAGCCUGUAAGUGUCACUGAAGGAAACCAGGCUGUUGCUGCUGCCGCUGCCGCUCCUGCCGUAGAAACCAGUGCCGCCGUCAGUGACAAAGACACCUACGGCUCUCCUCUAUCUUCCCAACAUGCUCUGCCCGCAUGCAACGACUCCAGCAUCAACGGUCUGAUUCCUCAGCAGCCCAGAAAAUCCUCCGCCCGCAGGAACGCCUGGGGAAACUAUUCCUACGCAGACCUCAUCACUCAAGCCAUCGAGAGCUCGCCCGAGAAACGACUGACAUUGGCCCAGAUUUAUGAUUGGAUGGUCCGGAAUGUGCCAUACUUCAAGGACAAAGGUGACAGCAACAGCUCAGCGGGAUGGAAGAACUCAAUUCGACACAACCUUUCACUCCACAGUCGCUUCGUCCGUGUCCAGAAUGAAGGAACAGGAAAGAGCUCAUGGUGGAUGGUCAACCCUGAUGGCGGGAAAGGGGGUAAAGCUCCACGGAGGCGUGCUGUUUCAAUGGACAACAGUAAUAAGCUCAUCAAGAGCGCCCGUGGCCGUGCCGCAAAGAAGAAAGCCACUCUUCAGGCCACUCAGGAUGGAAGCUCCGAGAGUUCCUCCAGCCUUUCCAAAUGGACCGGCAGCCCGACCUCCCGCAGUAGUGACGAGCUUGACGCUUGGACGGAUUUCCGUUCCCGCACUAAUUCUAAUGCCAGCACACUAAGUGGACGCCUUUCCCCCAUUCUGGCCAACCUUGAGGUAGACGAAGUUCCCGAUGAUGACUCCCCCCUGUCACCCAUGCUGUACUCGAGCCCUAGUAGUAUGUCUCCGUCCACUGGACUGACCGAACUACCCCGUCUAGCUGAUCUCGCAGGAACCAUGAACCUCAACGAUGGCCUCUCCGACAACCUAAUGGACGACCUUCUAGAUAACAUCAGUCUGACGGCUUCCCAGUCUCCAGGCCAAGACGAGAGUGGGGCCAAUCUACAGGGAAGCCCCGUGUUUACCUUCAGCUGCUCUGGGAGCAGUCUGGCAAUUCCCUCUGGCAGCUAUGGCACCAACUCCAUGUUUAGCCCUCCAUCCGUCACUGGCCUGAGGCAAUCUCCAAUGCAAACGAUCCAGGAAAACAAGCAGGCCACAUUCUCCUGUGGUUCUUUGUUUAGCGAUCAGAGUCUGCAGGACUUGCUCAGCUCCGAGUCCAACAGUCGCAGCGAUGUCCUUCUUACCCAAUCUGAUCCACUUAUGUCGCAAGCCAGUGCCUCCCUUUCCUCCCAGAAUGCCCGUCGCAGUGCCCUAUUGCUGCGUAAUGACCCUAUGAUGUCCAACCAGGCUGGGCCUGUAGGACAAGUGGGGCUCAAGAAGGUGUCGCCAUCUGGAUGGCGGAUGAACUGUGUCUCGAGCAGCGAGUCAGACUACCAAAGCUUGAUGAAGCAACAUCUCCAACAGUCUCCCUUCAGAAGCACAUCUAUGCAGCUCAACUCCGAUUCAUUGCUGUCAGGUGUCAACGGCAGCGUGACCUCCGUUCAGUCGGUGUCUCAGGACCAAUUCCCAUCUGACUUGGAUCUCGAGGCGUUAAGUGGCAGUUUCGAUUGCGACAUGGACGCCAUCACCCGCAACGAUCUGAUGGAUGCCGAGGGCCUGGAGUUCAGCUUCGAUUCGCAUCUCAUCUCCUCUCAGAAUGCUAACCUGACUUCAGGGAGCUUCUCCAGUACCAAACGAACCUCCUCCCAAAGCUGGGUGCCAGGUUGAUCAAGCCAGGCCCAGGAAUGUAGGGAAGGGGCAGAACACCGCAUUUGAGCCAACUGUCCACUGUAAAGCAACUGUAAAUUAUGCUGUAGAAAAGCUCUUUGACAUCUAUUGGAAUGAGUUUGAGUCAAUGUCAAUGAUUUACCCAGUCGGUGUUGUAGUUUUGUGGCUGUAUGUUUUGUAUCGUCAUGAUUGAGGCUGGUUUGAUGGAUAUUGUGAAGAGUUUCAUCAAAUUUAACCAUGAAGUGCUUGCAGGUUAAUCUAAACGCCAAUGACUAGGUAUUGAACUCAGCUGCUGGAAUACGGUAAGUGGCGUACAUAUAUAAAGGCUUGGCCAACAGUACUUCCCUUAGUCCAACUAGAAUACAAAAUCCGAAAGCAUUUGAGUGGUGGAAAGAGUCAAGUCAGUUUGAAAGCUAUGAAUACUCAUUAGUAAAGUGGUCCCUACAACAAGUGGAGCACCGUAAAGAGAUGGUUUUCUAUACAUAAAGGGUUGGGCAGCUGUUCUUCCUUUAGUCUACUUAAAAUAUAAAACCCACCAUUGCAUACAAGGGUGCCUAUACACUAGAGAAAUCAUUUAAGAGAGUGGCGGUCAGUUUUGAAAACCAAGAGUCGUUUUCUCCAUCAUAGGUCAAUUGUUACCUAAGACAAGUAGAUGAUCGUAAAGAGAAGGUUGUCUAAAUAUGAAAGCAUGGACAACUGAACUUUCCUUGGUUUGUCUAGAAUAGAAACGUUCCUUGAAAACCAAGCAAGAAUUUUAAUUUCUAUCAGGCAGGUGGUACUUCUGACAGACUGCAAUAUUGUCCAUUUAUACUUGUGUCACUUUGGCAAACCCUUUGUGUUUUUUUUCUGUGUUGCUGUGAUACUUUAUCCCCAUUGGAUUCAAAUCCACUCUAGUCUGUAGGUGCCCUUAGGUUGUUGUAGUUUCUUGUAGCUGUGAUCGAGAAUAAUAGAUUUCUAGUCCUUGAAACAAAUACUUGCCUUUUGCCAAACUAGUCCUCAGGACAACUGCAGAAAUGGCCUGUUUACAACACAAACUCUCAAGAAUGUUUCUGUUGUCUAAAAAAAAAUGGCCAUGGAAAAUCUGUCUCUUUCUCCAAUCUUUUUUAUUUUUAUUUUUUAUUUUUUGAAAAAGGGAAGAGGUUGUGCUUUUGUGAAACCAGUGAACAUGAUGUAUCCUUGACUCCUUUUACAGAAAAGUGAACUAUGAUAUGAUGAUAAGCUAUAUAUUUAGUGUUCUGCUGUAUGAAACUAGUUUGUCAGUGUUUCCCAUUGAUUUCCUAACACAACCUGUGCAUUUAUCUUGCUCAGAAUUCUUGAACGCGAGCAUCUCCGUCACCUCUAAACCGUGUUCACUUCCGAGGUCAACCAUUUUAGAAUAGAUUAUGAGCUAUAUAUUUGUAUUUCUGCAUGUAUACACACACACACACACACACACACACACACAGGACCUCAUUCAUGGAGUCGUUGCUGUAGAAACUGUUUGUUAAAUUACUGGUUUUAUGAACAAUUUACACAUCGGUAAACCGUUCUUAAAUUGUUGCAUUCAAUGCCGUUUAGUGUUUAUGUGCAUUUACUGUACAUCGACAUACAUGCAACUAUUUACCCAAGAAUUCAAAAGAAUUAAUAGUUUACAAAAGUCUCUGCAAACCAUACAUUUCUGCUGUGCUUGUAUUUCAUGAAUGAGGCCCACAGUGCUUAUGUGUAUAUGUGCUGUACACUGACUAUAUAUAUAUAUAUAUAUAAAUAUAUAUGUGUGUGUGUCUAUACACAUAAAUAUUGGAUUCAUUCUAGAGAUAAGGUAUAUUAACAGUUAUACUUUUUGGAUCGCUGAUUAAGGACCACUAGAUGUUUGUGUAUUUGUAGCAGGAAAAGAUGAAGCUAAGAGCAUUUGGUGCUAAGUGAAAUUGUUUUGGGUCAGUUCUUACGGCUGGCGUGUCACGUUCUUAGCAUUUAUGUGUAUAUAUCUACACAAUGGCUGGUGCUAGUAGAAAGCGUGUGUCGGUUGUUGAUGGCAGUGUGUUUUAAGCAUCCUAAUAGUUUAAAAAUGAAAGGCAGCCACAUUGUAGUAUUACAGCCUGUACGGAUAAGCUAUGUAAGAAAGCACCUAUGUUGUACUGUAUUUCACUGUUGAUCUUGAAAAUGCCAGACAACCAAAUUCAAGGCUGAUGAGAAAUAAUGCAACUAUUCAGUUUAAUGAUAUUGUAGUGCCAUUCAGGGACGACUUGCAGAUGUUUCAGUAGUUACACCUAAUGUUGUUUUAACAUCACAGUUGAAUGUACCUUUUUUUUUUUUUUCUUCGCACCCAGAAUUAUUAUAAGCUUCUUAAGCACUGAUUUUUAUAAUCUGCUUUUUAUAAUCAGCUGGAGUCGCAGAAUUUAAGAUGACUAUAAAAAGUCGAUUGUGCCGUGUUUACCUUUUGUUUACUUAGUUUUAUAUUGCAAAAUUUAUUUUAAUUGCUUUUAAUUUUGGUCUUUUCAUUUCGUUUGGGUAGGAUCGUUGUUCCUCUCAAAAGAACUGCUACAAACUUCAUUCGUUUUGAAGCUUAAUCUUAAAGAGGGAAUUAACAUGAAUUGUGAGAACGUAAGCUGCGUGUGUACCACCCUACACCACAACUGGCCGUUAGUUAGCAUCAACUCAAUGUUUGCUCGACUUUACCUGUGUAUUUCAAUUUUGGAUAAUGUAUACAAGGUAGUGCAAGGCAAGGUGCAUGUAAAUAAAGCUUGUUCAACACAGUG